AUGCUCGCUGCGGCCACUGCUCUGCUUGCUCUCCCCAUCGUCGCCGCUGCCGGGGGUUACAACCCGCUCCGUGCUCGUGCCGACCCGGCCUCUGGCUGCACAUGUGCCGGCCAGACUGCUCCUUCCUCCUCGGACGCCCUCUUCUACCCCUACACUUCUAACGGCCUCGGAUGGUGCUUUGAGAAUGGGGUCAUGAUGCCAGCGUGGCAGGCGCAGGUCCUCGCGGCACUCGACUCGGGUGUGGCCAGCACCUACCUCAACACCCCCGUCGCCCUCCAGGUCUGUACAGACAACGGCAUUACUGGCGACAACGCGGCCUGCGCCGCCUAUCUCAUCAAUGAGUUUACUAUUGCCAUCCUCAGCUCAGACUUGAGCUCGACCACCCUUCUCACCAUUUGCGAGUACCCCAUCGACCCCGAUUGGUACACCCUCGUCGACUGCCAGUGCACCGUCUCGUGUAACCCGGGCUUUGACCGCUGCGGUGACUCGUGCUUUGACCCUACGAGCUACGAGUGUGUCUCUGGCGUCGUCUCGGAAUCCGUUCAGAUCACACGUCGUCGUCGCUGGUUCAUGUGCGCGCCGGGCCUCGACCCGUGCUCCACCGGCGCCCCCGGCUGGGAGUGCCUCGACACCUCGUCCGACAUUGAGGCCUGCGGCGGAUGCCCCGGCACCCCAGAGGCCGUGGACUGCACCGAGCUUCCCGGCGCUUCGGCCGUCACCUGCCGCGGUGGCCAGUGUGUUGUCGAGGGCUGCUCGCGCGGCCACAACCUCGUCGACAACGACAAAUAA